AUGCACCGCGCGGGGCGGAAGCCCAAAGAGGGCGGGCAGGGGCCGUGGCCGCGCGCUGAUUGGCUGCGGGGCGAGUUUCUAAGGACGAUGCGCGCGCAGAGCGAGCGCCAUUUUGUCCGCGUGGAAACGAGUGGGGAAGAGGCGGCGUCCGCUGCGCUGAGCUUCCCUAAGCAGCCUCCCAGCAGGCAGAAGCCCUUCAGGUGCUUGGAAUGUGGGAAGAGCUUCAGGAAGAGCUUCAACCUCCUCAGCCACCAGCACAUCCACACCGGGGAAGGUCCCUACAUGUGUGGGGAAUGUGGGAAGAGCUUCAGGCAGAGGUCCAACCUCCACACCCACCAGCGCAUCCACACUGGGGAACUGCCCUACACAUGUAGGGAAUGUGGGAAGAGCUUCAACCAGAGCUCCAACCUCCGCACCCACCAGGUGAUACACACUGGAGAACGGCCCUACCCGUGUAUGGAAUGUGGGAAGAGCUUCAGGGACAGCUCCCACCUGAUCCAACACCAGCGUGUGCACACUGGGGAACGGCCCUACACGUGUUGGGAAUGUGGGAAGAGCUUCAGUUACAGCUCCACCGUCCACAUCCACCGACGCAUCCACACUGGGGAACGACCUUACAAGUGCUUGGAAUGUGGGAAGAGGUUCAGGACCAGCUCAGAUCUUCUCAGGCAUGAACAGACACACACGGAUGAGAGGCCCUUCCGCUGCACCGACUGUGGGAAGGGCUUCAACCGGAACUCCCACCUUGUCACCCACCGGCGCAUCCACACAGGGGAGAGGCCCUACAAGUGUGGGGAGUGUGGCAAGAGCUUCACCGAGAGCUCUAAGUUGACCAGACACCAAUGGACCCACCGGUAA